UUUGUUUCUGUUGAAUCGUCUUUUCUUCAGUGUGUUACAGGUCCCUAAUGCUUUUAAAUGGUAAGUACAUUAUUUAAAAAAUUAACUAUAGGUAAGUGUGAAAAAGGUAUGUAUUGUAUGUGUUCUGGUUCAAGUUCAUAUUGGUGGUUUCUGAAAGUACCGUUUGAAGCAGCAUCAUUAUGCUUUUCUGUGGUGCUUUUUUGAGGUGUCUUGUUUAGCCAUGUUCAGAGCAAUAAAACAUUUUUCUUUUGCAGGUACCUCUCUGUCAUUGGAUUUGUCAUCAACAUUAACACGUUACUGCUGAUGAUUCCUGAACUGCUCCAAGUGCAGCGGUAUGUCCUCACAUACAGGUUCAGCCAAGAUCACUUGGAGCUCCUGUUUAAUUCCAUCAGAGCGUCAGGUGGCUGGAAUAACAACCCAUCAGCAUGCCAGUUCCAGGCCAUCUUCCGCCGGCUGAUGGUUCGGUGUGGGGUUACACCCAGUGAGACUGGCAAUGUGGCAGCACAAGACAACACCGUGUCCCUGUCUGCUGUUGAAAUGUCCUCUCCUGAAUCUAAUGAAGAGCAUCCCUGUCCUUUUGCUAGGAUUUCAGCCAUUCUGGACGACCACAGCUAUCUUCCGACCAAGUUUGGUGGUCUGGUAGAAAAUGCCUUGGUUUACAUAUCUGGAUUUGUUGUGAGGCAGAUUCUGCGUAAACUAACCUGUGACCCAUGUCGAGUCAGUUUGAUUCAAGAUGCCACACCGUCUUCAUUUGAUGAGAAUUACCAUCUUCUGACUUUGAAAAAUAAUGGCGGGUUAGUGAUUCCCUCACAAGGCGUAGUGAAGGUGGUGAGAGCUGCAGAGAGGGUGAUUCGUGGUGCUUCACCAAACCAUCCUCCUAAGCUGUCCGCCGUCACAUACAUAGUCCGUGAAGACAUUGGAACAGAAGAUGUUUUCCAGCUUGGGGAACACACUCAGGAGACACAAUUUGGCAUUGACAAUCACCAUUCUGACUUGCUGUCAUUGGUUGUGUCUGUGUUUCUGAAGAUAAGGAUGCACCACAUUGCAAAAGUCACAUGUCUUGGUUUGCAGAAAGGCAACACCAGAAAAAAGCUCUGCAAAACUGUCCUAUUUCAAGGCUAUUAGAUUGUGUAAAAAUGUAAUGAAUAUGUAAAUACUGUCACAACAGAUAAGUAUGCAUGUGUGUAUGUGUGUAUAUAUGAGAUUAUCGGAAUAUAUACAUAAUGUGUGUGAAUAAAUUGCAUCUUUGGUUGUAUCUUGCAAAACAUGUCAUACUUUAAAACAUUGUAUUCCACCAAAAUUAUUUAAAUAUGCUAAACUAUACGUUCCUAUACAUGCAAUUUUAAUAGCUGUAUGCCUAAAAUUUAAUUAUGUGACAAUGUGAUUACUGUUCAGCGUGUUAUGAUCUAUUAAAUGCGCUGAUCCUU